UUGAGCUAUUUUUCCAUAGAGAGGGAGAGGGAGAGAGAGGGGAAGAUGGGGAACUCCUUUGGUUGCUCUGCGUCCGGAGAGAGAUUGGUGUCGGCGGCGAGAGACGGCGACUAUGUAGAAGCCAAGAUGUUGCUGGAUUGCAAUCCAUGUUUGGCAAAGUACUCAACUUUCGGUGGUCUAAACUCUCCUCUUCAUUUUGCAGCCGCUAAGGGGCAUAAUGAGAUUGUGGCAUUGUUGCUUGAGAAUGGAGCUGAUGUGAAUUCCAGGAAUUACUGUGGGCAGACUGCAUUGAUGCAAGCAUGUCGGUAUGGCCACUGGGAAGUUGUUCAAACUCUUCUUCUCUUUAGAUGCAAUGUUACGAGAGCUGACUAUCUCAGUGGGAGGACUGCUCUCCAUUUUGCGGCAAUGCAUGGACAUGUUAGGUGUAUGAGGUUAGUGGUGGCCGAUUUUGUUCCGAGUGCCCCUUUGGAAUCUCUAACCGGUGAAACCAACACUGAUAAUGGACGAGGCAGUUCACAAUCAAAAACCAAGCACGAACAAGGUGGUCUGUCGAGGUUUGUAAAUAAAUCUGCUGAUGGUGGUAUUACUGCUCUUCAUAUGGCUGCAUUGAAUGGAUAUUUCGAUUGUGUCCAGCUCCUACUUGAUCUUAACGCAGAUAUAUCAGCUGUUACUUUUCACUAUGGAUCAUCCAUGGAUCUAAUAGGAUCUGGAAGCACUCCUUUGCAUUAUGCUGCGUGCGGGGGUAAUCUUAAAUGCUGUCAGAUGCUCAUCGCAAAAGGUGCUAGUCGGUUGACACUGAACUGCAAUGGAUUGAUUCCUCUUGAUGUUGCUAGGAUUUGGGGGCGUCAUUGGCUCGAGCCGUUUCUUGAUCCAAAUUCUGAUUCCAUAAUUCCGGCAUUUCCACCCUCGAAUUAUUUAUCGUUGCCCCUCCUGAGUGUCCUUAACAUCGCAAGAGAGUACGGGUUGCAGUCCUCAGCAACAACCCCUUCUGGUGAUGUCGAUACGUGUGCUGUCUGCCUGGAGAGAGCGUGUUCAGUUGCUGCAGAAGGCUGUGGACACGCACUUUGCGUAAGAUGUGCUCUCUACCUUUGCUCCACGAGCAAUGUCCAAUCUGAACUGUCGGGUCUUUCUGGCUCGAUUCCCUGCCCCCUCUGCAGACAUGGCAUUGUCUCUUUUGUCAAACUGCCCGGUUCUGCAGCGAAGGAAAUUAAACUACAUGUAUCUCUGAGCUUAUGUACCCCGUGCAUGCUACAUUCUCGAGAUCAAGAAAAGUCCAUGCCUGCAGCGAGCGGGCAGGAAAUUAGGAAGAACCGUGUUGCUUCUGUAUCUUCAGAAAUGCUGUGUCCCGUGACCUGCAGCCCCUUUCCUUCGGUUGCAAUCCCUCUGUGCACGUGCAAUGAGGGGCCAUGCCCGACAUUUGAGCCAGGAGAAAACGGAAGCCAGGAAGAGUCUCCUAACCGGGGAGAAUCCACGUCGGAGGAGCAAGAAAAGAUGGGCGUGAGAUUGGAGAAAACCACGUGUUCGAACAUGUUUUGGGGCAGGAGGAGUUGCAGUAGGGAAAACCAGUGUAAUGCCGAGAUAAAUGUUUGACUUGACUUGGCAAAACAUCUCUAGAGACGAAGUUUUGUCGCCCUAUGGCUUCGAGAUUUGACACCUUCAAUCUCAGAUGGUGAUGUCGAGAAAAUCUUGAAUUUUUUUUUUCCCCAGUUGUUGCCCGGGCAUUGCGACGCUUCAACCCCGUCCAGCAUUUCUUGUUGCAGCUGGAACUGUAAAGAAUUUACAACCUCGAAUGCAUUUCUUGAGUAGUCUUACAUUAGUUGUUGAUGAUUACAUGUAGAGGCCCCUUUUAUUAGUCUCAAAAUGUUUCUGCAGUUUGUAUUCCUUAAAUUCCUGUUUUUUUUAAAGCUCUGUGAGCUGACAGACAUACCAAUGAAUAUAUGAAUCAUUUGUUAGUCC